AUGGGCCGAAAUCCAGGCAUUGACCCUGUCAUUGUCGCGUACAUUAGCGAUUGCCUGGAGAAGAAGAAGCCUGUGACCUUGAAAGGAUUCGUCGACGCCGAACGUGAUCUUGUCAUUCAAACCAGCAGCCGAGGAGAAGACCUUGCCACUGUAUGGCCAUUUCGUUUUGGAAGGGCUGCAAAGCAACUCAAUGCCACGAUCGAACGCUCCAAAGUGGAUUGGGGUGGUAUUGCACUCGACAUACUGAAACGACAAUCAACAGCUGCACCAUCAUCAUCGAAAGCAAGCACGACCACUGCCGAGAGUGAGUUACUAUCAUCAUCGUCCUCUUCGUCGUCAUCAUCAUCAUCGUCCACCUCGGUCAAAAGGCUUACUCCAUCAGACCAAGCACGUGCAUCAAAGACUUUUGACGCUCUCGAUCCAAGCAAAAUGUGGAAACUCACCGCUGGCACCAUUGUUGAAGAACAGCUCGCAUCGUUAGUGAAAGAAUGUAAUUUCGAACACCAGUGCCACUCAAUGAUCCUGGAUCCUUCACUACCGAUAUGGAGUCAAUAUUUUACCGACGAAGAAUUGAAUGAGAUAUCCUCCUACAAUACCAUGGCAGUGUCGCAGCUCCCAACUGAGAUACGCGAGUAUUUAUCUUCUUUCAAGUCAAAGCAUACCUUGGAAGAUCUCACAACUCAGCAUAAUACUUUUGGCCCAUUCGACCGGAUCAAGCAAUCUGAUUUAUAUUGGGUGCAUAAGGCUGUUAGCGACGCUCUGGAUUUAUAUCACUGCAAAUACUUUCAAGAUCUGGAUCGCACCGAAGAGGACAUUGUACGGAGAGUAUGGGAGCUGAUCGAACGUUGCUUUGACUAUACCAACAUCAAAUACACAGGAGGUGAAAUGACAUCGCAAGCUUCAGCACAGCGAGUGAACGGCGGACGAGAUCCCUCUGCAAUACACUACAUGAAACGAAAGAGGAUGGGUACAAAGACGGAUGGCUUGUUCAAGUCCAAAGUUGGAUUUCUUGAGCUUGGGACAUGUGAAGCGGGAAAAUGCAGUGAUACCACCAGCACCAAGAGCAUUCAAGAAGGAAGCCUGAAAUGUCCAAAGACUUUGAAAGAUAUGCUACUUAGCAUCGUGCAAGAAUCGCCAAAGAACAUACGAAACGUACAAACAUUGGGAUUUAUUGUAUCAGGUGUUUAUAUCAAGCUGAUUGCAGCAAGUUUUCCUCAAGGAUAUGUGUGCCGUAUUUUGGAUUUGAGUGGAUGGCUGCAAUACCCGACGUGUGAGAGGGACAUGAUCAAAAAGUUGACUCCUAUCAUUCAACUCGUGUGGCAUGCCAAAACAACGAUGACUCAAGUGGUGGAUAUGGUGCAAAUGGACGAAGAUACCGUUGAUUUAUCGAUGAAGCGAUCCACAAUCCCAAUACCGCCGUCUUUCACACCGUCGUCGUCCAACAAGUCCUCACCUACCAAUGGCAAACGAUCCAGAAAUGAUCUUUCAUCCAUAUGA